AUGGUCCGACUCCUGCAGGUAGUUCUUGCCUGCCUGGCCGCCAUGGCCGCCGCCGCCCCCCAGCUCCAGGACCCCCCACCUGUGGCCAUCCUCCGCGACGACCGUCAGCACUCCAGCGACGGUAACUUCAACUACGCCUUCGAGGCCGAGAACGGCAUCGUCGCGCAAGCUAGCGGCACCCCGGGCUCUCAGGGGCAGACGAACGUUCAGGGCGUCUACAGUUUCCCCUUUCCAGACGGCACAGUGGCUGAGGUCCGAUACAUCGCCGACGACUUCGGCUACCGCGUCGAGUCCGACAUCCUCCCCACGCCCCACCCCCUCCCUGCCCACGCCCUCGAGCAAAUUGCCUUCGCCGAGGAGCAGCGCGCUAAGGGCGUCACCUUCGAGUAAUAUCUGGUUGACGGGCGGGUGGCUCUGAUGUGUCUGGCGCUGAUAUGCGUACUCUCAUGUCCAGUUACAUGAGAGUAAUUACCUAGCAAAGAUUACGAGCUUCAACUCCUGGCCCUCGCCCUUCCAACUCCCAACUCCUUUUUUUUCUGUCAAAUUUUCAUUUCAGACGAUGAUUGGAGUCGGUCAUCACUACCUCCUGCUCUAAUUCAUUCUAUCUGAUCACUGUCUAAGCUUCUCUGUUGCUUACCUGCGUGUCCCGCUUGAUUAAUAUCCUCUCGUUAUGUUGCUUCUCUUCUUAAACAUUAAUGUCUUUGCUAACGUUAACAUUUCAAACACCGACAGUAUCGUAUACGUCUUGAUCAUGUCCCCAUCUAGCCCUCAUAUUUAUUUGGUGGUAAUGAGGCUCAUUUCUCUCAGUUGGGUCUUCGUAGCUUAAUUAUCUCAUCUCUUAAUCUUGUCUUGUUACAAAAUUCUUAACUUGAUAAUUUUUUGUAUUACGUCGUGGCUCCAUGCCUGCGCUGAAUACUUCAUUACUGGUCUCACAUACGUUGUGUGUGUACUCACCUAUUUGGACUCACCUAUUUGUGCCUGCAGGAUCGAGCAUUGAGUCUUGGAUCCCGCCUUUCGAGCCAUCGGUU